UACUCUAGCAACAUACCAAGAUGCAAGUGAUGAAGUCUGCCACACAAGUAGAGCCAACACCACAACCACCAUUAUCACUACCACAACCGUCAUCAUCAUCGUCAUCGUUGUCGUUAGGGCUUCACAUGAUGAGGCCCUAUGAGAUGGUGCACCACCUGGUGUCAUGCAACGCCGUGGUGGUGUUUAGCAUGAGCGACUGCUGCAUGUCCACCGUGGCCAAGCGCCUCCUCUUCAGCCUCGGCGUCGGCCCCACCGUCGUGGAGCUCGACGAACAGGCCGAUGGUUCCGGCAUCCGGUCAGUCCUUUACCAGUUUUCCGGGACACACCAGCCUGUCCCCGCCGUCUUUGUCGGCGGCAAGUUUCUCGGUGGGGUGCAAACCCUAAUGGCCAGCCACAUAAACGGCACUCUGGUGCCUCUCCUCAAAGAAGCUGGGGCUCUAUGGCUCUGA